CUACACCGCACGUGCAGACUUGUUUUCGUAGAGAUUGUCGGUCGUAUCCCUUCCAUGAACAUGUACGGGUCGUCGCUGCUGGAUAUGAAGGAAAAGUCGAAACGAUCCCCCGUGGUAAAGGUUGUCAACUUCAUCCUCCACAAGGUCUUUCGUCGCGAGAAACGAGGAUCAUUGGAUGGUCCUUCCUCUGACCAAGGAAGCUACCUAUCGUACUCCGAGAUCGACCUCGAAAGCCUCAGCUCUGCGAUGCGGCGGACACAGGGAAUGUUUAGAAAACCGCUGACGCCUCCGCUCAAGCCUCCGAGGCACAUCUCGCUCGGUGCAGACGAAUUCUGGACGCCGCCAUCGUCUGCGCGUUUUGAUUUUCGUAGACUACAAGUUUCCAAACGCAUACAAACGAAGGAUGCCGCAGUCGAAGCAUGCGAAGAUGACAUUGAUCAUCGUCUGGAUCAGGAGGACAAAUAUUCUGUGACAUACGGUAGUCAUGGAUUGCAAGUAACGCCUCCCCGAAACGUUUCGAGACGUUCUAAGAAGCCACCACCAUUAAAACCGGCCACAAUUGUGCCCGUGAGAUACGUGCCGGCAGAAGGGAGGUCUCCGUGUCCCAGGCGUGCGCUGUUCGCGUGUUCCUGCAGGCGCUCUCCAGAAAGAACUACAGACGGCAAUGCUCGUCAGAGACCUGUACGACAUCAUGACGUGGGUCUAACACCGAGCGUGGAGAAGCAUGUAGCCACAUCCACUAAAGAAAAUGCGUUUCUGAAGUGGGACGACUUCAUUGGCAGUGAAGAUCCACAAGAUUAUCUGUACUCGGAAGCGACAUCUUCAAGGAGAAGCUCGAGGAGACUCAAAGGUUUCCAGAAGAGGCCUUGUGUAGACGGUGUGGCGACCACGUCGCCUCGCAAGACCCAUGAUUCUGUUCAGGAUUGUCUGAGUCGAAGACCUGCGACAAGUCCUGGUACAGGUAAAGCGUCGGGUUCCCGAUCUAAAAGACGUCCCAUAAAGACCGAUGACCGACCGCCGACUCUGUACUCGACGUCGUACUUGAAGGCCGCUUCAGCAUAUUGGGACAUGGGUACUUCUACGAGCAAGGUGUACAGGGCCAACGGGCAGAGCAGCCUUGUCCAGGGCAGGCACAAAUGGCCAAAGGAUCGUGGGGAUGGAUCGUCUCGAUUGGCGGAGACCUGUCCGUUUAGUCGAUUUCGACAAACUGGGUACUCCGGUGCCGCGAUGGCCAGUGGAGACGAAGCUGCUCUAAGCAGGGUCCACCUUCGUCGCGCUAAAGUAUUGUAGGCUGUACUAUAUACGUGACGCAGUUAAUUGUAUAUUGUCUGAAUUAAAUGUGCGGGAACAAGGU